AUGGCGCACAUCUAUGAGGUCGGCACACGGGCCUGGCAGCCCGAUCCGACAGAAGGGUGGCUGGCAUCUGAAGUGAAGGAGAAGCUGGAGGAUGGAGAGAAAGUGCAGCUGAUAUUCGAGCUGGAAAAUGGGGAGACCAGAACCGUUGAGACCACGCAGUCCGAACUGCAGGUCGAUAACAACCCCAACCUACCACCGCUCAUGAACCCUGCUAUGCUAGAAGCAAGUGAAGACCUGACGAACUUGUCUCAUUUGAACGAGCCCGCUGUCCUUCAGGCCAUUAAACUCCGAUAUGCUCAGAAGGAGAUUUAUACCUACAGUGGUAUCGUUCUGAUCGCAACCAACCCGUUCGCUCGAGUCGAUUCGCUUUACGUGCCGCAGAUGGUGCAGGUUUAUGCUGGGAAACACCGUGCCUCGCAGGCACCUCAUCUAUUCGCAAUUGCCGAGGAAGCUUUCGCGGACAUGCUUCGUGAUGGAAAGAACCAGACAAUCGUGGUUUCUGGUGAGUCUGGAGCCGGAAAGACCGUGAGCGCCAAAUAUAUCAUGCGCUACUUUGCGACCCGCGAGUCUUCGGAUCAGCCUGGGAAGUACAGCACCAGCCGAGCAGAUGCCAUCAGUGAGACCGAAGAGCAGAUUCUAGCUACCAACCCGGUGAUGGAAGCCUUCGGUAACGCCAAAACCACCCGUAACGACAACUCCUCCCGUUUCGGCAAAUACAUCGAGAUCAUGUUUGAUGACCGGACGAACAUCAUCGGUGCCAAGAUUCGGACAUAUCUCCUUGAGCGGUCCAGACUGGUCUUCCAGCCUCUCAAAGAGCGCAAUUACCACAUCUUCUACCAAUUGGUGGCCGGUUCUUCCGAUGCGGAGAAACAGGAGCUGGGUCUCUUACCUGCCGAAGACUUUGAAUAUCUGAACCAGGGUGGCACUCCGGUGAUUGACGGUGUCGACGACAAGGCUGAAUUUGAAGCGACCAGAAAGUCAUUGGCUGUGAUCGGUGUGCAGAAGGAAGACCAAACUGGCAUUUUCCGCGUUCUUGCCGCUUUGCUACACCUCGGUAAUGUCAAGAUCACAGCUACUCGCACAGAUUCAUCCGUCUCGUCGACCGAGCCUUCACUUGUCCGCGCAUGUGAGAUGCUUGGGAUCGAUGCGACUGAGUUUGCGAAGUGGAUUGUGAAGAAGCAGCUGAUUACCCGUGGUGAGAAGAUUACCUCCAAUUUGACACAGCAACAGGCCUUGGUUGUCCGGGACUCCGUCGCCAAGUUCAUUUACUCAAGUCUAUUCGACUGGCUGGUGGACAAGAUUAACCGACGUCUUGCUACUGAGGAGGUCUUUGAGAAGUUCAAGUGCUUCAUUGGUGUCCUGGAUAUCUACGGUUUCGAACACUUCGCCAAGAACUCUUUCGAACAAUUCUGUAUCAACUACGCCAAUGAGAAGUUGCAGCAAGAAUUCAACCAGCAUGUCUUCAAGCUUGAGCAGGAAGAAUAUGUUCGGGAAGAGAUCGACUGGACCUUCAUUGACUUCUCUGAUAAUCAGCCAUGUAUCGAUCUCAUCGAAGCGAAGCUCGGUGUCUUGGCCCUUUUGGAUGAAGAGUCUCGACUCCCUAUGGGCUCGGACGAGCAAUUUGUCACCAAGCUUCACCAUAACUUUGCGGCCGACAAGCAGAAGUUCUACAAGAAGCCUCGAUUCGGGAAAUCGGCAUUCACCGUCUGUCACUAUGCAGUCGAUGUCACCUAUGAGUCUGAUGGAUUUAUCGAGAAGAACCGUGACACUGUUCCGGAUGAGCAUUUGGAGGUGUUGCGUAAUUCGUCGAAUCCUUUCAUCAAGGAGAUUCUAGACACCGCCGCGGCGGUCCGCGAGAAGGAUUCAGCUUCUGUGUCGUCUAAGCCAGCCCCAGCAACGCCAGGGCGUCGAAUUGGCGUUGCGGUCAAUCGGAAACCCACGCUUGGAGGCAUUUUCAAGUCUUCGCUGAUUGAAUUAAUGCACACUAUCAACAACACGGAGGUUCAUUACAUUCGUUGCAUCAAGCCCAAUGAGGCGAAGGAGGCUUGGAAGUUUGAGGGCCCCAUGGUUCUCAGCCAGUUGAGAGCUUGCGGUGUCCUGGAAACUGUCCGAAUCAGUACCGCUGGUUACCCUACCCGAUGGACCUAUGAAGAGUUUGCCGUUCGCUACUACAUGCUGUGUCAUUCCUCGCAAUGGACCUCGGAGAUCCGGGAGAUGUGCCAUGCUAUCCUCCGAAAGGCGCUGGGAGACCAGAAGCAGGACAAGUACCAGCUGGGUCUUACCAAGAUCUUCUUCCGAGCUGGUAUGCUUGCAUUCCUCGAAAACCUCCGCACCUCCAGGUUGAAUGAAUGUGCCAUCAUGAUUCAGAAGAACUUGCGUGCCAAGUAUUACCGCCGCCGUUACCUCGACGCUCGUGGGGCCAUUCUCACCACGCAGGCCUUUAUCCGUGGUUUCCUGGCACGGCAACAUGCCCAGGAGAUCCGUCGGACAAAGGCAGCUACUACGAUCCAGCGGGUCUGGCGUGGUCAGAAGGAUAGGAAGGAGUACAAUCAAAUCCGCAACAACUUCAUACUGUUCGAGUCUAUCGCCAAGGGAUUCUUGUGCCGACGCAACAUCAUGGAGACCAUCAAUGGAAAUGCAGCCAAGGUCAUCCAGCGUGCUUUCCGCUCAUGGCGUCAAUUGCGGGCCUGGAGACAGUAUCGCCGCCAGGUCAUCACUGUUCAAAACCUCUGGAGAGGUAAACAGGCAAGACAAUCUUACAAGAGACUCCGCGAGGAUGCCCGCGAUCUCAAGCAGAUCUCUUAUAAGCUGGAGAAUAAGGUUGUCGAGUUGACUCAGUACCUGCAAAGCCUCAAGCUCGAGAACAAGACCCUGGUCUCGCAGCUGGACAACUACGAUGCCCAAUUGAAGUCAUGGAGAACUCGACACAAUGCCCUGGAAGCUCGCACGAAGGAACUCCAGGCCGAAGCAAACCAGGCCGGUAUCACCGGAGCCCGAUUGGAGGCGAUUGAAGAAGAGAUGGCCAAGCUUCAGCAAAGCCACACUGAAGCUCAGGCUACUAUCAAGCGCCUCCAAGAGGAGGAGAGAAUCUCCCGCGAGGCUCUCCAAACCGCCAACGAGGAACUGGAGCGUCUCAAGCUUUUGGAUAUCGACCACGAGAAGGACAAGACUGCUCUCCGGCAACGGAUUUCCGACCUCGAGGAACAGCUUGAGGUGGCCAAGAGAUCUGUGCCUGUGAACGGUGUGAACGGCGAGGGACUGCCCAACGGCGGUGCGGUCCAUACCCCUCCACCGGGAUUGAUCAACCUUGUGUCUUCGAAGAAGCCUAAGCCCAAGAGACGUAGUGCCGGCGCCGAGAAAAUUGACACAGAUCGCUUUAGCGGUGCAUACAACCCUCGGCCCGUUUCAAUGGCAGUCACUCCUGGGUCUAUGGCUGCCAGUCACAGCGCGGCCAUCUCUCCUGGUCAGGAGUCGGUCGAGGUCGAACUUGAGAACUUGCUUUCUGAAGAGGAGGACCUCAACGAGGAGGUUGCUAUGGGUCUCAUCCGCAAUCUGAAGAUCCCACUUCCCAGCUCGACACCAGCACCUACCGAGAAGGAAGUGCUGUUCCCGGCCUACCUCAUCAAUCUUGUCACAUCGGAGAUGUGGAACAAUGGAUUUGUGAAGGAGUCCGAGCGGUUCUUGGCCAAUGUGAUGCAGUCAAUCCAACAAGAGGUCAUGCAACAUGACGGGGAUGACGCGAUCAACCCCGGUGCUUUCUGGCUCUCCAACGUGCAUGAGAUGCUAUCCUUUGUCUUCCUGGCCGAGGACUGGUACGAAGCACAGAAGACCGAGAACUACGAGUAUGACCGCCUCCUGGAAAUCGUCAAGCACGACCUCGAGAGCUUGGAGUUCAACAUCUACCACACCUGGAUGAAGGUCUUGAAGAAGAAGCUGUACAAGAUGAUCGUUCCGGCCAUCAUCGAGUCCCAGUCGCUUCCCGGCUUCGUCACCAGCGAAACGAACCGUUUCCUCGGCAAGCUCCUGCCUUCCAACAAUAGCCCCGCUUACAGCAUGGACAACCUCCUGAGUCUGUUGAACGGUGUUUACAAGGCGAUGAAGGCCUUCUACCUCGAGGACAGCAUCAUCACCCAGACUGUCACGGAACUCCUCCGACUCGUGGGUGUCACUGCUUUCAACGAUCUCCUCAUGCGACGUAACUUCCUGUCGUGGAAGCGUGGUCUGCAAAUCAACUACAACAUCACUCGGAUUGAGGAGUGGUGCAAGAGUCACGAUAUGCCAGAGGGGACAUUGCAACUGGAGCACCUGAUGCAAGCGACCAAGCUUCUACAGCUGAAGAAGGCAACCUUGAAUGACAUCGAGAUCAUUCAAGACAUUUGUUGGAUGCUGUCACCGAACCAAAUCCAAAAACUGCUGAACCAGUACCUGGUCGCAGACUACGAACAGCCCAUCAACGGCGAGAUCAUGAAGGCAGUGGCAUCUCGCGUGACCGAGAAGAGCGACGUGCUUCUUCUGGCGGCGGUGGAUAUGGAGGACAGUGGACCGUAUGAGAUCGCCGAGCCGCGAGUCAUCACGGCUCUGGAGACUUACACCCCCUCAUGGCUUCAGACACCGCGGUUGAAACGACUGGCCGAGAUUGUGUCCGCACAAACGAUAGCACAGCAAGAUAGGCUGGAGCUGGACAACGGGCCGAUUGAGGAAUAG